CGACAGAUUAACACGAUUUUUAUUUUAUUUAGUAAGUUUUUUUGUUUAACAUUUAUUGUACAUUGGAAGUUACGACCACAUGUAGUUCUGAUCAACCUGUUAAGGAUAGCGGGCUAAAAAACAUAAUACAGUGACGAUGUACCCUUGGUUACUGAUCGGCGCGGUUUCCGUGGUGGUGGCAUAUAGUUUCCGGGGCUGGGUGCGCACGCGCCUACGUUUGAUCAAGCUGGCGGCGCGCAUGCCCGGGCCGCCCGCCUGGCCGCUGCUCGGGAAUGCUCUCUUUUUCAUGGCCACUUCUGCAGAUUUACUAGAUGUUCUAUCAACGGCUGUAAAGCAAUAUGGAGAGUACGUUCGGUUCUGGGUGGGACCGGAACUCAUGGUGUGUGUCAAGAAUCCAGCUGAUAUCAGGUUAUUAUUAACAAGUAAUAAAAUAAAUAUAAAAGGGCCGUUCUAUGAGUUUAUGAAAGUAUUCAUCGGACCCGGAGUUUUGUCAGAAGGAGGCCCAGUAUGGCGCAACCACCGCAAGAUAGCGCACCCGUCGUAUAGUAAGAAGACAGUGCAGCGCUACGCCACAGUGUUCAACUCCUGCGCAGAAGACUUGGUGGCUGAUCUGAGGAAGAAGAACCCGGAUGUUACCUUCAAUGUCUACUGGGACGUAGUAAGAUUCACAACACAGUGCGUUUGUCAAACAAUUGUGGGUCUAUCUAAAGAAGAAACUGGAACUGUGAAAUCAAUGGACGAUAUUCUAAACGAGACACACAACAUGUAUGACUUCGUAUUCACCAACAUGACGCGCUGGUGGCUCCACAUACCAGUAGUCUACUGGCUCCUCGGCCGGAAAACGACUGAGCGGUACUACCUCAGACUCAUCGACGAGAUGACGUCAGACAUGCUAGCGAGGAGACGGAAAGCGCUCUCGGAGAAGACCCUGACUGAGGAAGAGUUGGGGGUGGUAGACCGGUUCAUACUCUCAGGGGAAUUGACGGACCAGGAGAUUAAAUGGGAGAUCAUGACUUUCUUUACUGCUAGUCAAGAAGCUUCAGCGAAAAUAGCUGCUGCCGCUCUUUUAAUUUUAGCUCAUUUACCUGAAUGGCAGGAGAAAGUUUACAAUGAGAUUGUGGAGGUGCUGGGAGAAGAUGGUUACGUGACCGGGGAGGAUGUGCGACGUCUGCAGUGCCUGGAUAUGGUGUACAAGGAAGCUAUCAGAUAUAUGCCCAUCGCAGCCUUCAUACAAAGGACUGUGGAGGAAGAGAUCACAAUUAAAAAUGGAGACAUCACUCUACCAGCUGGCGUGACGGUGGUAAUACCGAUUCAUCCCCUCCAUCGCGACCCUAAGUACUGGGAUGAGCCGGACUUAGUGAAGCCGGAGAGAUUUCUGCCAGAGAACGUGCGCAAGCGCGAUCCUAACGCUUACGUGCCUUUUAGUCUAGGCGCCAUGGAUUGUAUAGGUCGUAUCUUCGCGGAGUCCAUGAUAAAGAUAAUGGUGGUGCAUGUGGUGAGACACACGCGGCUGGUGGCGGCUGGCAGCAUGGAGGCUCUGCCCCUCCACGUCGCCAUCUCCGUUCGUUCCGCACACGGGUACAACCUUAGAGCCAUACCGCGGGGGCAUAGUUAAUAAUAA